UCCGGCCCCCUCAAUUCUGGGGGCACAAGCCCAGAUCCUGGCGGGUGGAGUGGGAUCCUGGUGACCUGGGCCCUGAACCUGCCCCCAGGGGUGGGAGCUGAGGGCGCCUGGAUCUCUUAUGAGCGCUGGCAUGGCAGGCGAUCAGGGCAGUGGAUCCAGCUCACCUGGGAGCUCUGCCCCCCCACUUACCCUUGUGUCCCCCCCAGCAUCACGUCCCCGCUGCUGGUGGUGGCUCUCGCUGUCUUCCUCGGCGCCUGCUACGUCCUGCACGUCCGAGCCCAGCAGGGGCCGCUCGUGGUCCUGGGCCGUGAGCUGAGUGCUGGGCAGCAGUAUGCAGUGGCCGGAGGUGUCUCCUUCCCCCUCUUCUGGGUGGCGGGGGCUGGAUCCGCUGUCUUCUGGGUUCUGGGCGCGACCCUGGUGGUCAUUGGCUCUCACGCCGCCUUCUAUGAGACCGAGCCGGCCGAGGGCGAAGAGCUGCAGAUGGAGCCUGUGUGAAUUCCACUCCCAGCGGCCCCUUCUGCCCCCCAAGUCUGCCCCCCUAUGUUGGCCUCUCCCCUGUCCCACCAGCUCUUUGGAGCCCCCUUCGCUGCAGCUCUGCCCUCGCUCUCCCAGUAGAGGAACCCAGGCGUCUGGGCCUCCCUACUCCACGGGAGGCCUCUUGAUGCUAAUAAAGCCCUUUUGAGUGGGA